UCUCCAUUCCAGAAUAAACUCCUUUCUGCCUUGGCGCCAGGGGGCGUUCGACUUUCUUUUCCUCUUCUCAAACGCGUCGUCGUGCCGUAUGUCACAGCAACUUGUUGGGCGUGUUGUGCAUCCGCGUAGAGACAUCAAUUUCGGUUCACCGCUACACACUGCCUUCUCUUUCGCUCCGUCGCUUUCCACAGGCUUUCUUCCUCACGAAAACUACCGCUCAAUCGCAGUAGUUUCUUUUGUUUGCAGUACUCUCUUCAGGCCCCGCGUGCCAGGCGGCCGCGAACACCCCGCUGCCGGGCGCUUGUCUUCCCCUAUGACGUUGCACUCUCCCCUUCAUUUUGCCAGGCAUCGCGGCGACCCCUCUUCGUUCUUCGCUUUCAAACCACGGACCGUCCAGAACGGAGAAAAAGGGACUCCGCCGGGCCUUCUUUUCUCAGCGGUUUCUCUGGAGACGAGAGAAAAACCUGAAUUCAAACGUCAGAAAGAUGCGUAACCGAGCGCGAGGCCGCAGCGCCUUUGGUGAACAAAGCAGGUGAACUGUUUCACUCUUUUAAACUCCGUGCUAUGUCAUGCCCAGUAGACGACGAAAGGCCUCGCCUCCUGACAUGCAAGACACAAACCCGCAUCUCCCGACAUCGCACCUUCCGUCGGCGUAAAACGGGGUGUUCGCGAACACGGUUACCAGCGGCUCUCGUCUUACGUCUGCGUCAGGUGUACGGACACUUCAGCCAGGAGCCAGCCUUCCGGGUGCGUGCCACCAUCCUGUGUCUCGCGACUUCUGCCGCGUUCGCCGGAAAAUAACGAUGGCAGUGAGUUUUGCUACCUGGGGAGGACAUGACGCGGGCGACGCGAACAAGGGAAUUGCUUUUGCGAAGGAAACAGGGGGGCUUUCUCCGCUGUCUUGGGUGGCACGGCGUCGUGUCAGUUGCGUUUCACCGGUUCACCACAUUAUGCGUUGCCCACGACUGGACGACCGGAAGCCUGACUAGCAGCGGAGCGGGCGCAGCGACUUCGGAAAGCUGACAGAGACCAGAGUCAGGACCGAGAGAUGGCCGGGGGGCGAAGAUCAGAACGGCUUGCAGUUUGUGCGAAACGCAGCGCUGGAGGUGACUUAAGUCCGUGCAGCGGCAUCAACAAUCUCGGAAGACCGCGUGAGCGAGGUGUUCCAAGAGAACAAAAGUACAAUACACAGGCGACUGCUGGGAGAUAAAGAGGCGCACACACCUUUAAAUCCUUUCUGCCUCUUUGCUGUACCAGUAGAGGCAAGGCUGCACAGAGUGCAGAUUCUGCGAGAGGCGGGAAUUCGGCGACUUCGCUCGUGUCGAGACACCUGGAGAAGACGUGAGGAAGCCCCUCGCGUAGAUCGAUGAGACGAGGCUGCGGCUGAGACGUCGCGUAAGUCGGCAAAAACGCGUGCCGAUGGCGAAGGCAGUACUCCUAUAUAAACCUUUCUGAAUUUGUAAGAUGUUCUUUCGUCUUGCAAGGAGAUACCCAAGAUGCACGGAGACAACGGGUACGGGCUGUUCUCUGUAGGUGAGGCACUCUCUGCCAGUGAAGGAGGAGAGGAAGGAGGAAGAGCCCUCGAGAGAAGACGCCACGAACUUGCCGCAGAAACUCGAAGACCUAAAUCCAAAAGAGGCCUCAAGAAGCCAUCAAUAAGCCCAGGCUGCGCUGCAGCUGAGCCGUUUCCCCGGCCGCAACUUGAGGCGUUCGGCCGGCCAGCGACGCUCACGGACGACUGUGUGCAGCGAGAAAAUGAACAGACUCAGGACUGGAGAACGAAACUCAUUCCGCUCGCAGCCCGCCUGGAACAACAGAGACAAAGUAAAGAAGGUGGAGGCGAACGUCUUUCACGCGUGGUCCAGACUGUGGAAACUUUCGUGGUGGACGACGAGGUGGAGGAAAGCCUGUGGACACAGUGUGAAGGGCAAAGACAUCUGCCGAAACUUGCCUUUUUUUCGAAGUCAUCCAAACCGAGCUCACCGGGUGCUCCUCCAAAUGCUACCCAAGGAACGGGUGCUUUCUCUCUCUACAUUUCUUCUUCAUCUCCAUCUUCUUCAUCUCCGUCUCGUUCCUCCCGCCUUUCUCUUUCUUGUUCCUCCCCGUCACCUUCUCAUUCUCUCUGUGCGUCCUCUUCGUCUCCCUGUUCUGCUUUCUCAGAGGCUUUUCGAAUGGAAGAGGUGGAUUCGAGCCUUGGGCGCCUACCUUCUUCCAGAGCCUCAUAUCUCAGGCGACAACAAGACGCAUGCAGUGCGCCUUCUGCGUCGCCACCCCGCAGUGAAGGACAGGAAAGGAUGCUGGGAAUAGAGAAGGACGCGUCUUCAGACUCGGCGUGCUCGUCCCCCGCCUCACCCGAGUCUGAGUGCGAUGAAAGCUCGAGCGCGGCGACUCCAAAGUCCAAAGCAGCUGCUCGCCUCGACUUGCAAGCAACCAAGAGCCCGGCGAACCGAGUCGAGGCUGUGGCCCAUCCAGCGCAUGCACUGCAGGCACGGAGUUUGUACGCAGACACCUUCCACUGCGUCUACCUCCUCAGGUCACUCAAGAAUCCCCGAUACACCUACGUCGGCUACUCGGUGCAUCCGCUCAACCGUCUCAAGCAACAUAACGGAGAAACAAGCCACGGCGGGGCUUGGAAAACACAACGGCACCGUCCCUGGGCAUUGGUCCUCGUCUUGCACGGUUUUCCGACGCAAAUCGCAGCGCUCCAGUUCGAGUGGCGGUGGCAACGCGCUGCGCCUGCCCUGGACUUUCCUCCGCAACGACUGUCUCUGCUCACAGCGAUACGCGGGGCGACAAAGAGACACUUGCUUUCUCCGCUGUCUCGAGGUUCCCCCUCUCCGGAGUCAGGGACCGCAAGGGAGAUGAAAGAGACGUCGGAAAAGCAGGGAAGAAGACGAGGUAACAGGAGACGCUACGGGCUUCCUGACGGACACAAGCGAGGAAUCGGAUACCGACAACCACGAGAGAACUACCGGCCUUCUUCUACCGUCUCUUCUGAUGUAUCUUCCUGUCCUUCUGCUUUGUCUUCCUCUUCCUCAUCUUCCUCUCCUUCUUUCUCUUCCCUUUCUUUCCUUCCGUUUUCCCCGUUGUCGCCAUUCCGUGCUUCCUCGUCGACUUUUCUUUCCGCGUCUGCCGCGCCCGCUACGAGGCCUGCGACCGAGUGUCUAGACACCGCAGGGGCUAGGCAGGCGCGUGCAGAUUCGCUUCCGGCGCCAGUCAUCGAGAGCCGCGUUGCUGGCAGUCUGCGAAACGAAGUUCAAGGGGAAGAGAGGCCAAAGAAGAAGAGGUCGCGGAGACAGCCGCUCCAGGCCCAGCUUGAGCAGCAGCGUGACCAGGCGGCGGGGACUGCAAAGACGAUCGCGGGGAUGCACGCGACUCUGGCGUGUAUGCAUCAAACAUACAAACUCUCUCGGACUGGAGGCAUCGUCGUUUGCGUCGGUCAGCGCCUCCGUGCACUUCUCGCCCUCCUGCAGGCGCCGCCGUUCAGCCGGAUGCCUCUCGCGAUCCACGUGAUUGAUUCUCACGUCGCAACGCCUUUUUUCCGCGCUGUCCUCCGACAAAGACGCGAGUUACUGCCGUCUACCAGCCAAGCGGUAGACUCUCCAGCACGCGCCCCACGACUGGGUGGGGAGGCGGCGGCUGAUUCGACGGCGGGAAACGGACGACUCUUGGAAGUUCAUCCAGCGCAUGCGCACCGUGACUCCAAGCCGGCACUCCUGUUGCCUUCAGACAGCGGAGAGACGGCUUCGAAUUCCCCGUCUCGGCAAGAGCCGACGUUUGCCCAGGCGGGUGGAAGGACCCCGACGGGAGAGCAGCGACGCAUGCAGCUCGCUUCGGCACAGAGCCCUGCCCUUUCCACCUGGAAGGCUGCGGGCCUGUGGCUUGCGCCCCACACGUCUGUCUCCUUCGGCUCGGCGGAAUGUCUCCUGCCUUUGAUCACCACAGCAUCUUUUGGGAGGCCUACGAAGAAACGGAGACACUUGGCAGCGCACGAGGUGACAAGAGAAAGGAAGGACGAGACCGGUGGGGCUGGAGGCAUUUCAGGAGAAGCGCGCGGGACAUCAGAGGGCCUUGUGAGGAGACUCGAGGGGGGCACGCAACGGAUGGCUGCGACGGGCAGACAGAGAGGCGAAGAUGAAGAGGUAGUUGGGUGUUUCGACUCUGAGGACGACGACAUGGAGCCUCGCAGAUUGUCGGCACGCGAGCAGAUCGCGCGCGAAAGACACGAGCCGUUUUCCGUGGAAGACUUGGAGAGGAGACUUCCGGGAGAGCCAAGGCGCGUUGCUCCUCCACGUCCUUUCUCUUCACGUUCGUUGCAUCGACUCACGCUCCGUUCGGCUCCAAGUUACUCUCCCCCUUUCUCGUCUGCUCUGUCUCCACCUGCGUCUUCUCUCCAUUCCGCGCCUUCUUCUUCGUUUCCCCCGGCUGCUUGCGAACAGGGGACAGAGGCUCCGUCGCGGCUGGCGUGCACUGUGUGUCUUCAGGCCUUCACCGCUGGCCAGCGGGCCACACAGUGCGCAGCUUGCGGGCGUUUCUGCCAUAUUCUUUGUGGGGCGCGGAAGGCGAUACGGGAGCAGAGCCAGCAGAUCCUUUCGACGGAGACUGCCUGCAACGACGAAGCAGAAGCUUCCGGGGUGGACCUGUCGCAGCGGGAAGCGAGAAGCCGCGAGGAAACCCAGGAGGAAGAGCGAGGAGGGAACGGAGGAAAAGCGGGUGAGAAAGGCGGCUCGAAGGGCGCAGCGCCGAGGCGAAGGCGGCCGGACACAAGAAGAGAGAGCAGCUGCGCCAAGACCGAAACGCGACUCGCGAGCGGAAGACUCGGAGGGAGAGAGAGCGAAGACGGACAACACGUCAGGGGGGAGAACAAUCGAGAGGGAAACGAAGACAAAGGGGACAAGGAGACACCGGAGACAGGAGACUCGCCUGAGACAGAAAGGAAAGGAAGAGAAAGAAAAGAAAGAGCAAAAGAAGGAGGAAAAGGGGAAGGGGACGGGAGUGGAGAUACCGUGACAACAGGUUUUCUGCUCGUUCCCGAAGCUCUGAGGUGCGACAAAUGCGGGAGAAUUGCGUCGUGGUCAGAAGUAUUGAGCCGAUCUGUUCGAUUUGCCUUUCACCACGAGGCAGAACUAAACAGGGGUGCUCAGUCGGGCCGCAUGCGGAGGAAGAAAAGAGACUCUGGAGAAGGCGACAGAUAGGCUUGUGGAUGUUUUCUUGUCUUUUUCCUUUGCAUAUGCGACUCCAGCAUGGUGCUAGAGAGCGACACUUUGCAGAGACAGGAUUGCCGACAGGAGAUGCUCCAAACACAAACAUGCCAUUUCUCUUGGCAUACACACACACACACACACACGGGGCUCCGAACGCGUGCUGCUGACAGAGAGGCUGGUCCUGCGAAUCCCUUGUCUGUUCAGGUUUUUUCAAAUGCACAUUGCGCGAGACCUCGUCGGAACCUCUCCAUUCCUUUAUUUACAGUUGUGUCUUGUUUAGGUUGCCUGGAACAUUGCCGGCCUCUCGAAGGGUGGGGCAGCGUCAUUUGAAACAUAUUUGUACAAUGAAGCGCGCAUGCUUCCUGUGACUAUGGGCAUGCGUCUGGAUCAAGGUAUAUUCACGUAUUUAGCUGUGCCGUGUGUGCAUCGGAUGUGUACGUGCCUGACGCUCUCCAGUACCACGAGUCCUCCCAGCGGACCCGCUGAGUUUGCAGUGUUGUUGUCUAAUUUGUUUUCUUGUCACUGAAGUAACUUGAAAUAACCCAGCUAAUUUGUGCUGCUUUU